CACUCUCCACACCAUUGGCAUCCAUUUCAAGAAAAAAUCAUCACAAAAAAGCUUCAAUAUCUUUCCAUCAAUGGCUUCCAAACUCACAUCAUCCACUUCCUUUCUCCUCCUCCUCAACCUCCUCUUCUUCACUCUGGUUACCUCCACCCGUGUCCCUUGCCCGCCACCGCCAUCAAAGCCCUACAAGGGCGGCCCCCCGAAGCACCACGCACCACAGCCCCGGUGCCCAACCGACACCCUCAAGUUGGGGGUUUGCGCCGACGUGCUAGACGGUUUGGUGCACGUGGUGAUCGGCACACCACCGAAAACCCCAUGUUGCACGCUGAUCCAGGGCCUGGCUGAUCUUGAAGCUGCUGUCUGCCUCUGCACCGCGAUUAAGGCUAAAGCUUUGGGACUCAACAUUGACCUAUCGGUUUCUCUAAGCUUGCUUUUGAACUACUGUGGAAAGAAGGUUCCAUAUGGCUUCCAAUGCCCAGCUUGAUCUCUCUCUCCCUAAUUACCUUCUAAGUUCGUGUUUUCUUCUUGGAUUUUCCCUUUGGAUUGUGUUAUAUUUGGUUGCGUUAUGGUUCAAUAAUGGUCAGUUUUUGAUCGUUUGUUGUGAUGGGAUGGUUUGGAGAUCCUUCUCAGAUUCCACCAUCUUCUAUAGCUUCAUUAUAGCAAUGUUCUUUAUUACAUAUAAUAUAAAUAUAUCUUGAUACUUAGUUUUGUAAUAAAAACAAAGAUGUUUGUCCUUU